UCUUUUUCUAUUUCUAGAAUCGUGUUCCUUGGGUUCUGUCAGGCCACAUUGACAAGUCUGGUAGCUUCCUAGCACAAGGGCGUCGAUCACUUAAACUACACAUCUCACCUCCUCUCCCCAGAGACACACAAUCAGGCACACACACAAUGGCCGACGACGCAGCGAACCUGCGGCAGCGCAAGCGCGUCGAGGAAGUCGACUCGGACGGCAACGCCAUCGACUCGGACGCACCGCUCGUCACGACAGCAGACAAGAAGAAGAAGAGCAAAAAGUCCAAAAAGGACAACACCUAUACGGACGAGUACAGCCCCUACCUCGACAUCCUCCGCCUCCUCAGCUUCUUCUUCCUCGCCUCGUGCGCCCUGAGCUACCUCCAGAGCGGCGGCGAGAGCUUCUUCUGGGGCCAGAAGAAUAAGCCCUGGUACAUGAGGCCCGACUACUGGAAGGCCAAAUGGAACGGCCCCCUCUACCUGACCCCCGAAGAACUCCUCCAAUACGACGGCUCCGACCCAACAAAGCCAAUCUACCUCGCCAUCAACCACACAAUCUUUGACGUCUCCGCCAACCCGCGCAUCUACGGCCCGGGAGGCUCCUACAACGUCUUCGCUGGCCGCGACGCCUCCCGCGGCUUCGUCACGGGCUGCUUCGUCGAGGACCGCACCCCCGACAUGCGCGGCGUCGAAGACAUGUUUUUGCCGCUCGACGACCCCGAAAUCGACCGCCACUGGUCGUACGCCGAUAUGCAGGCCCUCCAGGCGGAAGAACGCGCGGCUGCGCAGCAAAAAGUGCACGAUGCGCUGAAGCACUGGGUCGAUUUCUUUAGCAAGAGCGACAAGUAUGGCGAAGUGGGCAAGGUCAAGAGGGAGGAUGGGUGGUUGGAGAAGGAGAAGAGACGGCCUCUUUGUGAGCAGGCGCAGAAGGGGCGUGUGAAGAGGGUUGUUCCCGGACAAGAGAAGAAUUAGAGGCCAGCCGAGACUGAGGUUCUACGGAUGCUGUACCACUUGCCGGAAUUUGGUGUUUGUGUCGCAAAGAUGAUUCACUGUAGUAUACUAGGGCGGGAGAGAGAAAGAAAGAAAAAGGCUGCCUUUCGUAUGACAUGAAGCGGUGGACCUUUUGCGAUGUCCGAUACCUGCUCUGUUUUUUUUUUCCCUUUUGUGGCAUAUUCAUACGGGCGACGUCUUCCAUCAAAUCGGUGAUUUGCUCCCGUCAUCAUGUGCAAGAU